CACAGCUUUUCACUGAUAUAUUCUCUUUUUAAUCAGUAAUUUCUCACUCUCUUCGUUGAUCUUCAAGAAAGCACAACUGGUACCUGAGAAACGGAACUGCUCGACUCUCGCCGGCCGCAGAUCUGACGAAUGAAAGAGGGCUGAGAUUAUCCGAGCAAAGGAGACCCUCUUCGUAGUUCGAAGCUUUCAUCUCAGUUUCAGGGUUUGAAAGGCUGAUGCUAUAAUGGGAUUGUCCGGGUUGAGGUCUACUUCUUCAGAGGGGGAAUCUUCCAGAAAAAAUAGCAAAUUCGAAAAGAAGCUUCGGUUUUAUGCUAAGGUUAAAGAUACUAUUACUUCCUUACAUGCAAAAAAGACAAUUAGCAAGAAGAAAAGACUAAGAAGCCGUCAGAAGAAACUGAAAGCAUAUGAUCUCUCCUCCCUCACCGAAUUCCUUCCUGAGUUGAAGGAACCUCGUCAUCCAGCUCCAGAAACUAACUUCAAGCUGAAUAGCAAGUCCAGACAGAAGCUAGUUAAGAAGGAAGGGGAACAAUUGAGGAAAGUCCUUAAUCAUCCUGCAUUUCAGAUGGAUCCGCUGUCAGCAAUUCAUCAACAUCUGCAGAACACACAACCUGUUCCAAUUGAGAAUCCAGUAAAAAACUCAAAGAAAAGUACAAGGAAGACAAAGAGGAAACGGUCAAAGGCUUCAUCUGGGGCCAAAUCUAUGGAUAUCUGAUGCAAUGAUGGAUCUUAGGAAACUUGUAUUAGUGUCUACUCGCUACGAAGGCAGCUAAAAUGUUAAUAUAGAAAGAAAGCCAAGUUUUUAGUUUCAAUGCUGAAAUCGGGAAGCGUUUCUUUCUUACUCUUGAUAGUUUUUCCCCUUGGUUGUGUUCUGUUUCUGUGUGCCCAGUUUGAAAAGUGCAGUUAAAUACGCUACCAGAGCCAGAGGCCAAGGGCACAUCCGCACAUGGACUUCUAAUACACUAUUCUCCUUACUUUUUUUUGGGUAAUAUAAACUCAACUGAAAUACAUUCAAACGUGA